CACUUCCUUGUUUUUCAAAAGUUUUAUUUUGAAGAAAGAAAAGUUGGUUGCGUUUUCGGCUUCUUCCUUCCUAAAGAUCCACCUGUUAAAUCAUCAGAGUCACUGUGCAUUUAUCUCUAACCAAUUAAACGUAUGAAGAGUUUUGAUGGUUCGUGACAGUAGCUAGCUCUGGCUGGCUCUUGAUUUUGGAGGUGGAGAAGCGGAGAGUUUGAUCGAGGCAGAAUGCUAUCCGCCAGCGCUGCCAACGACGAGGAUUUCAGCCUCAGGUUUCCACUGCAUGUCCUCGUCUGGGAGAAUGAUUACAGGAGGCUGGAGAAAGACAUACAGACGAACAAUAUCGAAGAGGUGGACCCAAGAGGUCGAACCCCUUUGCAUCUGGCUGUCUCGCUAGGACACCUGGAAUCAGUGAGAGUGCUGCUGAGACAUGGUGCUGAUGUUACCAAAGAAAACAGCAAACAUUGGACAGUGCUACAGGAGGCGGUCAGCACUGGAGAUCCAGAGAUGGUGCAGUUAGUGCUCCAGAGGCGAGAUUAUCUCAAAGCCUCCACUGCGCUGGGCGGCGUUCCCGAGUUACUGUGCAAGAUCCGAGAGUCUCCAGAUUUCUACAUGGAGAUGAAGUGGGAAUUUACUAGCUGGAUCCCUCUCGUGUCUCGCGUGUGUCCCAGCGAUGUGUGCAGAAUCUGGAAGAGUGGGGCCUGUCUUAGGGUGGACACCACCCUGCUGGGCUUUGAAAACAUGACCUGGAUCCGAGGAAGAAGAAGCUAUGUCUUCAGAGGAGAUGACAAUUGCACAGAGCUAAUGGAAGUUAAUCACGAGGAAGCGGUGGUGGACACAGAACGCUUUGAUAUCUCACGUGAGAUAGAAGACGUCACACUCGACUCCAUGCAACCCGCCGAACAGGAAGUAGCCAAGAGGCUGACCACGCCCAUUGUCAACACAUACCUGGACACAAAGGACAUUGCAUUUGAGAGGUGUAAGUCAGGUAUCUGGGGUUGGAGGUCGGAUAGAACAGAGGUAGUAAAUGGAUUUGAAGCUAAGGUUUUUUCUGUGAACAAUGUGAACGUUGUGAUACGCACCAGGACGGAGCACCUCACAGACGAGGAGAAGGCCAGGAUAAAAAGUGAAAGGAAUGUUCUGGAAUCUUUGCUUGGCACAGUAGAACAACAGAUUGGUGCUCAAGGGGACAUGACUAUGGAGUUUGCCACAGCUACAAACCCCACAGCCAUCACUCCAGAGGAGUACUUUAACCCCAACUAUAACCUGCAGGGCAGAGACAUCGGCCGACCCAUUGAGCUCACCAUCAGAACACAGAAGUUUAAAGGCACUCUGUGGAUGAGUGAGGAGCAUCCUCUAUCUCUGGUGGAGCAGGUCACGCCCAUUAUUGACCUGAUGGCCCGCACCAGCACUCACUUUGCCCGUCUCAAAGACUUCAUCAACCUUAGGUUUCCCCCUGGCUUCCCUGUGAAGAUCGAAAUCCCACUGUUCCACGUGUUGAAUGCCCGCAUCACUUUUGGAAAUGUUAACAAGUGCAGUACAGAUGAACCUCUGGACAUCAACCAAUCAUCUUCUACAUCCACGCCUACAGAGGAAAAAUGUGGAGAUGGAGAGGGCAGCCAGGCAUCAGGACCUGCUUUGUUCCAGGUGUGUCCAUCUGUUUUCAUGGCACCUGCACACUAUCGCCACAGAGGGGGCUACCGCCACUCAAACACACGUCAGUACAACCCAGCCAGUCAUGAUGAAGAACUUCUUCAGUACGCCAUUCACCAGAGCCUACUCGACUCCAGUGGACUUAAUACACAGGACACUUGGAGUGAUUCUGAUGGAAUGCUGACACAGACCGUGGAGAACAGGUUGAGUGAUGGGUCCGGUUCUGAGGGAGUUCUAGUAGAUCUUAGUGACACCACACCCUCAAGCUCUGGCUCCACCUCUAGCCCCGAAACUGAACUGCGAUUGGCAAUGGAGCUCUCUGCCCGGGCACAGGAGGAGGAGGAAAGGAGAAGGAAUGAAGAAGAGGAAGAAUUAGAAAGAAUUAUACAACUCUCACUAACAGAAAAAUGACAGGGUAAGAUGAGGGACGGAAAGAAAAGGGAUUAUUGUCUGUUAUUGCCAUAAUCAUUAAACCUUUAUAUUUAUAACCCUCUGCUCUGUCUUGCCACUUACAAACAUACAGGUGCAUCUCAAUAAAUUAGAAUGUCGUGGAAAAGU